AGUUCGCUCACCGUGCGAGCCCACGGGUGACCCUGGCAAUUGGAAAUUAAAAAUAAAAUUUAAAAAAGUUUGUUGUGUCGUGAUGUUUGUGUGAUUUUGUAAAAUUGGAAUAACCAUUCAUGAAUUUGAACAAACUUCCUUAAGCAGCGACAACAUGGCCGACGCAGUCUUCGGCACGAAAGAAAGAUGGCGGAUCACACGCAACAUCUUCAUCCUGGGCUUUGCGUUCAUGAUCCAUUUCACGGCGUUCCACGGCGCCGCCAAUCUACAGAGCUCAGUGAAUAGCGACGCCGGCGCAGGCACUUUCACGUUAGCCGCGAUAUACUUCUCGCUGAUUCUGUCCAACAUCCUGUUGCCGGCUGUCAUCAUCAAAUGGCUGGGCUGCAAGUGGGCCGUGGCAGUGUCGUUCAUCGCGUACAUGCCGUUCAUUGCGGCCCAGUUCUACCCGCGGCUGUACACCCUCAUCCCGGCCGGCAUGAUGGUGGGAUUCGGCGGGGGGCCGCUGUGGUGCGCCAAGUGUACUUAUUUGUCUGUGGUAGCGGAGCCGUACGCCAAGCUGUCAGGAGUGCCGGUAGACGUGCUGGUGGUGCGGUUCUUCGGGUUGUUCUUCAUGUUCUAUCAAAUGGCGCAGAUCUGGGGCAACCUCAUCUCAUCAGCUGUACUAUCGUCAUCUCUGGGCGAAGUGGUCUCCACGCUGAACGAGACGUUGACCCCGAUUGACCUUGAGGUCACCAACGUGACUUCUGUGGUGGACUUGGGGGAGACCUGUGGGGUCAACUUCUGCAGUGGCAGCGCCUCGCAUGAGAACACGAACUUGGCGCCGCCGUCUCCUUUGAAGAUCCAAGUGAUAUCUGGCGUGUAUCUGGCAUGUAUGGCGAUUGCAGUGGUCCUGGUAGCUGUGGGUGUCGACUCUCUGAGGAGGUACACAGCAGGUCGCCGGACGGCCAUCGACAACAAGUCAGGCCUGAAGCUGAUGGCGGUGACCCUGCGCCAGCUCAGGCACAAGUACCAGCUGUUGUUGCUGCCCGUCAUCGGCUACAUCGGCGCUGAGCAGGCUUUCAUGGCGGCCGACUUCACUCAGGCGUUCGUCGGCUGCGCAUACGGCAUCCACAACAUAGGCUACGUGAUGAUUUGUUUUGGAGUAUUUAAUGCUAUAGCGGCUCCCGUCGCCGGCGCUUUGGUGAAGGUCACUGGGAGGUUGCCGGUCAUGCUCACCGCUCUUAUCUUGAACCUGUGUCUGCUGACGGCCCUGCUGCUCUGGAGACCAGACCCUGAGCAGUGGAUGGUGUUCUACUUCCUUGCUGCGGUGUGGGGCACGGCUGACGCUGUGUGGCUCGUGCAAGUCAAUGCGCUCUCUGGAAUUUUAUUUCCUGGCAAUGAAGAAGCAGCGUAUUCCAACUUCCGGUUAUGGGAAGCAACCGGAAGUGUGCUCUCUUAUGCAACUGCACCCUAUCUUUGUGUCAGAACCAGACUCCAAAUACUCCUGGGUCUACUGCUGCUAGGCUUCUCUGGGUACAGCACCAUCGAGCUGAUGGAGUACCGCGCGAAGAGGGCGCACCACCUCGAGAGGAACUUCGAGCUCGUUAGCGGGAGGAAGGAACAGGAUUGAGAUGUGGUUUGACACUCAACGAGACAUAAAAGAAAUUUAAUUGUAAACUUCUAAGACGGGGAAGCUUUUGCCCAGCAGUGGGACAUAUUAAAGCUAUAAAGUAAGUUUAAUAAAAAAAUAAUUUUUGACACUAGCUUUUGUUAUAGGAGAUCUUAAUGACAAAAUUAUGAGUUUCCUUUACCCGGUAAGAAGGUGUUAUGUUUAUAUAAUAAAUACAUUAAUUAAAAUUAGGAAACUUCAGUUAGUUAUAUAUAGUUACAAAUGUGAUCAUGUUUCUUGUGUUCAUGUCUCUCUAAUAUAUUAGUUUAUAAUAAUUUUAGGUAUACGAUGAAAUAACCGGAAGUAUACUUAUCCCACAGCAUCCUUAGAUUAAAAGGGACUGUUAGAAAUUUUGAUAUUGUAUAUUCUUACUUCCCUCGAGGACUGUUUUCCGCAGUUAGGCCUCUUGUCUGGGCCUUUUCUGCGUAAUAUAUAUUGUAUAUUAACAGACAUUAUAAAUUUAUAUUUUGAAACAUAGAUUAAUUUUAAGUAUGUAUAAAUAUUAUCUUUAAUUGAAGUAUCGCAGUCAAAAAUAGUUACCAAAAAUAAAUAUAACUGUUCCUUUUAACAAUCGUUUAUUUGUAAAAAUACUUCCAUGAAAAUUAUUAAAUAUCUGUUUCUUCUACUACUGAAAAAAAAACAUGAACACUAGGUAUUGUUAUUAAAUCGAUCAAACGAUACCACGUCCACUUAUCAAUGUAGUUGCAGAUCAAUACUUCCAUUCUCAUAUUAUAAAGAUAAAAGAUUUGUAUUUUUGUUUCUAAUAAAUAAUCAAGAACUACUCGUUCGAUUUUCAUGAAAUUUGGCACAGAGACGGACAAAUCUUUCCGGAGCAAAAUAGGCAUUUUUGGUUUUACCCGAGCGAAGCCGGCUCGGACUUCUAGUAAUAAAUACAUUUUAAAUACGAAAUAUUUCUUAUUAAAUGUUUAAUUGCAAAAUAAAACAAAUAGUGUACUUUCAAUAAAUUCAUUCGUUUUUAUUCUCUCCACAUAAAUACUUAAAGGUGGAUUACCUAAACAAGCCGUAUCUAAGUACAUGAUCGCAAGUAACAGGUGACUAAAACUGUUAUACACAUUACCACUAAAUAAACACACUUCGUUUUCAGUCACAGGAGUUCUCAUAUGAACCAAAGAUUGCUUAAACACGCCUGACCAUAGACCAAAGGUCAUUGAACCAAGGAGCUGCUAAAACCUUUAUGUAAAAAAUCAUAAAAGUUACAUUAUAUUCUUGCUUUUCUUGUUUUUGCAAUCAUCGGUUCAAAUUUAAAUUUGGAACAAAAUGGAACGAAAUUAACAUUGUAAGUACGAACGGUGAGAAAUGACGUGGAAUGUUUAUUACGGCCCUCAUGUCAUUCUAGUAUUGAGAAUUUAUAUUUAUUUAUAUUUUAUUUUAUUGUAUCACGAAUAACAUCGCACAUAAUUUU